UAGCCUUAAUGAGCCCCUUGUGGCUGUGGUAACUAGUGACGACCCCAUGGGGGUCUGGGAAGUGAUUAGCAUUGUGAUGAAUUGACAAAGGGAUUUGUCUGGGGUUUUAUAUUUUCACAAAUAUUUUAUGUUUAUGAGAAAUGAACACAUAACGUUUUGUUGGCGACAUGGCUGAGAAAUUUGAUAACCUCGAGGAGCAUCUCGAGAAGUUCGUUGAAAAUAUUCGACAGAUGGGAAUUAUCGUUAGCGACUUUCAACCUAGCAGUCAAACAGGACUCAACCAAAAACUAAACUACAUGAUCACGGGACUGCAGGACAUUGAGAAAUGUCGCCAGCAGCUACAUGAGAUUAACGUUCCUCUCGAGGCUUUUGAAUACAUAGACCAGGGGCGUAACCCCCAGCUGUACACUAAGGAGUGUCUGGAAAGGGCCCUGGCCAAGAACGAGCAGGUCAAAGGAAAGAUUGACACCAUGACGAAAUUCAAGAGCCUGCUGAUCUCUGAGCUGGGGAAGGUGUUUCCAGAGGAGAUGACCAAGUACAAGGCUAUCCAUGGAGAUGACCCCCCCUCAUAGUGACCCUUGACCUUUAAUCCCCCUGACCCUUAACCCCCUGCUUAAAGCCACAGUGGGGUCUCACCCAGCAGGAUCAAUGAGUCAACCUGAUGACAUGUAUUAAUAUUCAGGGAAUAUUCAUGAAAAAAGUGUGUUGUUGACUUUGAGAAAUAGAUUGAGAGCGUGGUAGAGGUAGUUGGAGUAAUUCUUUGUUUCUGAUGUGGGAAGAGUAAUGUGGCAAGGAUGCUUUAUGGAUGGGUUCAAAAAAAUCAUAAAAGGAGCUAGAGCUGAUGAUUUGAUAGGAAGAACUGUCAGCCAGGAACAUAUUGCCUUUUUCGAGUUUAUUUUAGUUGUGUUGGAAAUAUAACAUUUUCUCAAUCUGAUAUCUGGCAAACUGAUUCCUCAUGCUGUGUUGAGAUCCCACCUACAAGAUGUACAUAAUGUUUAUACUCAUACAGAACCAUUUUUGUAAAGACUUAAACAUCAUUGUACAACACUGCAGACCUGGACUGUGACUCUAUUUUAUAUCAAGCUCCGGUAUCAAAAGGGGUCUUAUUCAUGGGCAAGAAACUCGCCCAGAAGUUUGCAACCCUCCAAUUUGUUUUGAUUUUAUCUUGGUAGUUUUUGUUUUUUUGUUUGUUUUGCAAAUAAAUGGGCUUGUAAUUGAAAGAUUAGUCUGGUAUUUACUGCCAUGCUAGUGCCUUGUAGAUCACAAUUCACGAACAGAGACUUACAAUUAAAGUUCAAUGUAUAAGAAGUAAA